AUGACUUCCUCUGAGGUCAAUCCCAUUAUCCCAGGGUUUGCUCCAGACCCGUCGGUGGUGUUGAUCAACGACACGUUUUUCCUGGUCAUUUCGACGUUUCCUAUCUUUCCUGGGUUGCCCAUCUAUGCGUCCAAAGAUUUAGUGACCUGGAAACAAAUUGGUGAGUGUGUUGGUGUUGUAUCACAACGAGACCGUGAUAGUUACUGA